CUGUAGCAGUAAACACGCGAGUCUGCCAAAAUUCGUCAACAUAACUCGCAAAAAUUCUUCUCAACAUUCGGUGCCUUGUACAAAAUUCGAAUAUUCUCUGAUAAUUAUUCACAGAAUGCCGAUUCUAGCCGAGCUUGCCGGAGAUGAAAACAGCGGAGAGCACUCGCGCACGUUUGUUUUCGAAGACGAAGGCCACACGCUGGGCAAUGUGCUCAAGAGCAUCAUCUGUAAAUAUCCGGACGUAAACUUCUGUGGCUACACCGUUCCCCAUCCGGCGGAAAACAAGAUGCACUUCCGGAUCCAGGCUGCCAGAAACGUCCGAGCCAUUGAUAUACUGAAGCGCGGCCUGGAGGAUUUGGAACGGGUGUGCGACCACACGAUCGAGACGUUCGAAGGGGCCGUGGCGGCGCAUCAGCACAGUAACUAGGAUUAUGAAUUUUGUUUAGUUAAGAUUGUUAAGAUAGAUAGUUCAACAGGAGAAUUGAGAUGGAUACAUGGUUCAAAUGUAAA